AGCUCCCUGUGCAUGAUCAGAGGCACAUUUAUUUGUGAUGAAGUUAUGUAUGAGGCGCAGGGCGGCUGUAUAAAUAUAGUCAGAUACAGGAACAUCCCGGUACAAGCUGCUUUCUUUACCUUCAGCACACUCAUUUUGAAGGACACAUUUCCUCAGUUUGAAGUGCACAUUUUCUCUUCCCGUCCCUUAGGAAAUGGCAUUCUCACAUCCCUUUUUCCUGAGUCGGUGGGAUGCCUUGCGGAGCUGCUAUUCUCCCCAGCGGUUAUUUGAUCAGGACUUUGGGCUCCCUCCUCUCUCUGAAGAGCCACUGAAGGACUGGAUGCAGUGGGUAGAGAAUCGGCUCAGCUCGAGCCCUUCUGACAGCACAAUACCCAAUUACUGCCCAUCACCCCUGCAGCGGCAGCUGGCCGGGGGAAUGUCCCUGAUCCAGCAGACCUCGGGAAACUGGAAAAUCAGCCUUGAUGUGAGGCAUUUCGCCCCUGAGGAGCUCCAGGUGAAGAUCCAGGAGGGUUAUUUAGAGAUUUCAGGAAAUCACGAGGAAAAACAAGAUCAACAUGGGUUUAUUUCAAGAAGUUUUACCAGAAAGUACAAGCUUCCUUCAGAUGUGGACACCCUGUCUGUGACUUCAUCCUUGACAUCUGAUGGGAUCCUAAUUGUGGAAGCUCCACUGCCUAAUCCUGCUGUCCAGGUCCCUGUGGAAGUAACAGCUCCUGCUCAAACAGAAGAUAAAUCUGAAGCUGAGAGGGAAGUGGAGGAUGAGAAAGAGAGAGAGAAGAUAGAUCAAGGGAAGGAGCUAGAGGAAGACACAGAGCUUCCAAAGGAACAAGGCAAGGAUGCACCACAAGAGGUGGAGCCAGACAAAGAAGAGGCAGAGCAAGAGAAAGUGGAACUGCAAGAACAAGACCAGGAAGUGACCAAAAUGAAAUAAGAAUUGGUGGAGAAAAGACAACAGGCAAACUUGAUAAGGAAUGUUUCAAUUAAAAGACUGCUAAUUAGCCUAAAGCAAGCUAUUAUUUUAAUAACGUUAGUGAAAAAGAAUCUGCACUAAUGUAGACAAUUGAACAAGAAUGUUUGACAAAAUCUGGAAUCAAUCACAUUUUGAUGUCAGUAAAGCAAUGAGAAUAUUGAGAAAUCCCAUGAGAUAUUUGCACUAACUGAACGUGUUAUUUAAAAGUAUCUUAAAUAUUUGAUUUACAUAAUAAACAGCCAACAUUUGGAACAUUAUGUUUUGUACUGGAACUAUUAACAAGUGCCUCUACUUUCAAUAUGUUGUAGAAAUAACGGAUAUCUGAAUGUGGUUACAAGGCAAUAAUGUACUCUUCAAAUUCAGAGAUGCUGAAAGUGCAAAGCUUUUUAUGAUUUGUAAUUGUAGUUUAAAGCCUAAGGUUAGGUUGCAUGUAAUUUAGAUGUAUAAUCAUGUGCUGUUCAUUUUCUGGAUGACCAGACUCCAUUUUGUUGGUUCUUUGCCUCUGCAAUCUCUAAACAAUUUGUGGGCAGUGAUUGCCCACGUGUGCUGUGCCCCGAUGCACAAUGACCCUUGUGCUGAAAAAUUUACCUGAGUUUUGUGAUAAAUCAUUUACUCUUAACUGCAACACACUUGUAACUAGAACAUAAUAUAAUCAUUUGUAAAAGUGGAAAGAAAUACAAAAUUACUGCCAUCUUUUCUAGUCUACAUGAUGGUUGAGGGAAAAUGUGACCCAUGCUUACUUUAAAGUUUCAAAUAGUACUCCCUUUGAAUCACCAUGAAUACAAUAGCAGAAUAUUAUGCUAUAUAUGUGAAGGAACUCAAGUGUCUUACGGCCAUGAUUUAUGGGCACCAUUGUCGCUCAGUGGUUAGCACUGCUGCACAAUUCCAUUAGCUUUCCUUUGAACAGGUAAUAUUGUGCAUGUCAUUGCACAACAAUAAAUAUAUGCACUGUUUUGACAUUCCAGAAUUGCAUGGUUCACUGACAUAAAGGACACAAGGACAUAUGAAGCUAGUUGUGACCUGUAAAGUGGUGAACUGGUGCAGUAAGUUAUGAAAGGAGUGCACAAUAAUGUUGGACAUCUGAAUUAUCCAGUUUCUUGGGACCCCAAUAUUACACCAUAGAUAUUUGCCAUGGAAUAACUCAGUGAAAGUAAGGCACCUUUGGCUAAUCUUCAAGGAGAGAGAGAAGCUGAAUAGGUUGGGGCUAAUUUUCCUGGAACAUUGGAGGCUGAGGGGCUAUGUUAUAGAGGUUUAUAAAAUCACGACGGGCAUGGAGAGGGUAAAUAGGCAAGGUCUUUUUCCAAGGGUAGGGAAUUGAGUUAGUUUUAUUGUCAUGUGCACUCAAAUGAGUGCAGUGAAAAGUUUGCCAUGGUGCCCUUAUGGUGCCAUCUUAUGUAAAAGGUAUACAAGUACAGAGACUUAAGUAUUUGGUACAGAGUUGAAAAAAUAAUAAACAAAAGUCUAGCAUAAGAACAGAAAGCUUUUACAAAGUACUUGUAUUACAGUCCUUUUCACCAAGUCUGUGCCAGUACCAAGCCUUCAGAUUGCACCAGGCCACAUUUCCAGGUCACACUGGGCUUUAACACCCAAUGCCUCAUCUGCCCGCAGCAGCUUCUGGUCUGGGACUUCCCUCCCCGCACAGGCCUUGAUCUGGGACUCACCUCCCCACUCACUGGGCUCCGGUCUGGGACUCACCUCCCCGCUCACUGGCUUCUGGUCCGGGACUCAUCUCCCUGCACACGGGCCUCCAGUCUGGGAUUCACCUCCCUGCACUGCCCUCUAGUCUGGGACUCCCCUCUCCAUGCUGGCCUUCCAUCUGGGACUCACUUUCUACGCACUGGCCUCCAGUCUGGGACUCGCCUCCCUGCAUUAGCCUCCAGUCUGGGACUCACCUCCCUACGCAAAGGCCUCCGGUCUGGGGCUCUUUUCCUCCCACUGGCCUCCGGUCUGGGACUUACCUCCCUGCGCCAGCCUGCAGUCUGGGACACACUGCUGGGACUUGCCUCCCUGCACGGCCUCGUCUGGGACUCGGCUCCGGGACUCGCUAGUGACGGCAGACAAUCUGGGAUUUGCCUCCUUCAGUCCCCUCUGGGUGAGUUUAAAAAAUAAAAUGUUUGAAAAAAGAUCUGUAGAAAAGACAGAAAAGGGAAAAAGCAAAGAAUGGGAGACGCAGAGGAGCAUGGCUGGAACAUCCUACUCUGACACCAUCUUGAGUCCAAAACUAGAGGGCAUAGGUUUAAGGUGAGAGGGAAAAGAUACAAAAGGGACCUAAGGGGCAACUUUUUCACACAGAGGCUGGUAUGGAAUGAGCUGCCAGAGGAAGUGGUGGAGGCUGAUACAAUAUUUAAAAGGCAUCUGGAUGGGCACAAGAUUAAGGAGGGUUUAGAGUGCACAGGUCAUAUGCUGGUAAAUGGGACAAGAUUAUUUCAGGAUAUCUGGUUGGCAUGGACAAAUUGAACCGAAGGGUCUGUUUCUGUGCUUAUGACUCUGACUCUAUGAGAUCUGGACUCAAUUAUGAAGAUCCAGGACAAGGUCACCUUUCUUUCUUCCCAACCUAAAUGAGGAGAUAAUGAACAGUAGGACAGAAUUAAUAUUCACAAUCUGUUGAUGUAUAAGUAGUCUUAACCUAGUUCCUGGUGGAUAUGGAGCAAAAUGCAAAGCCACUGCUAAUUGGCAUCUUCUAUAGCAGUCACAGAAUUACUUUAAUGAAAAUAGACAAAGGUCAUGUACAGAGAUAAUGGGAACUGCAGGUGCUGGAGAAUCUGAGAUAACAAAGUGUGGAGCUGGAUGAACACAGCAGGUCAAGCAGCAGCUUAAGAGCAGGAAAGCUGACAUUUUGGGCCUAGACCCUUCAUCAGAAAAAAAAAUCAUGUACAGUCUUGGCAAUCUUUUGUGACUGGACAAAGGUAUUUUAUUUGGCUGAGCAGUGGGAAAUUUCUUUCUUUAUCUGACAGUGACAUUGUUGGUUCAUAAACAGCUCAUGUUGCAACUAGGUGUAAUCCUGGGAGUCCUCAAUAUUGACUUCAGGCUUCUGGAAGUCUCAUGGUUUCAAGCCAAGCAAAGAGGACGCUGCUGCUCAGCCUCUUCACUUCUCAUAUUCCUCUUUGGACCUUAAUUGCCAAUGAUUUAAAAUGGGCCUGUGUUGGUGACAGUGAUUUACUUUUGAGUACAAAGAUAUAGUACUUUAUGGUUUUGGAGCGGUAGUUUAUGGUGUACAAACUUCCCAAGAUUUCUGCCCCGGGCCAAAGUUGUAACUGUAUGGUUUGUACCCCUAGCCCCUUGCUUCUGGUCCAGAUCCAAGGUGAGACUUCCAUUCUUCCCAAAGUUUUCUAAGCAUCCCUCAUCUCAGAUUUCUGGUAAAUCCUAUGUGCCUCUUGAAAUCUUCUCUCAGUCUUCGCCAAUGAGAAUGAACCAAACCCAUGAGGAUACACCCCUUAAACCAGAACCACAGAAAUAUUUAUACAUCAUGUAACUUUCAUACUCAAUAUUCUAGAUCAUUAUGAGCCUGGACAGUUUCACCUCCAUAUCUUGAGCUUCCUCUAUCAACAAUGGCAUAAACAUUUUAUACCCAUUGUUUCUGAUUUCAUGGUGAUGAUGCAAAAGAUAUUUUGACAAUUAUGAGCAUUCAAUUAAAUGUGUUCUAACCA